AUGAUGUUGGCCCCUGCCUCCGGGCCCCACCUGCCUCCUUACCUGCUGCUGGCUCUGCUGUUGGGACUCACAGGUGUGGCAGGUGAGGCAGAACUGCAGGUGAUCCAGCCCGAGAAGUCGGUGUCUGUGGCGGCCGGACAGACGGCCACUCUUCACUGCACCCUGACCUCCCUGCUCCCCGCUGGGAAGGUCGAGUGGUUCAGGGGGACAGGGCCAGGCCGGGAGUUAAUCUUCAGUUUCAGAGGAGACCCUCACUCCCCUCGAGUAACAAAUGUUUCAGACGCCGUAAGGAGAAACAACAUGGACUUUUCCAUCCGCAUCAAUGGUUUAACACCGUCUGACGCCGGCACCUACUACUGCGUGAAGUUCAAGGAGGGGCAACCUGACCUGGAGUUCCAGUCAGGUCCAGGCACUGAGGUGUUUGUGACUACCCCGCCCUCUCUGCCUGUGGUAAUAGGUCCCUUGGAAAGGGCCCCAAUGGGGCGACCUGUGAAUUACAGCUGUAUGUCCUAUGGCGGCUUUCCCAAAAACAUCACCCUGAAGCAGUUCAGAAAUGGGAAGGAAAUUUCAUCCCUCCAGACACACAUCGUCCAGAUGAGGGACAGCAAUUCCUACAAAAUCGCCAGUACCACUGAGGGAGCCCUGACUCUACAGGACUUCCACUCCUAUGUCAGCUGUGAUGGGAAUCACCUAAGCUCACAUUAUGCUCUUCAGGGGAAUGCCGAUUUGUCUAAGACUAUACUAGUUCCACCCAACAUGACUAUUUUUGAACAGCCCAUCUCAAAGAAAAAGGUAAAUGUCACCUGCAAGGCAAAGAAGUUCUAUCCCCAUGGCAUACAGCUGACCUGGCUGAAGAAUGGACAUGUCUCCCAGACAGAUAAGACCUUGACCCCUACCAUGAGCAGAGAUGGACUAUACGCUGUGCACAGCUCGAUCCUGGUGAACAGAACUAACCAAGGGGCUAUGCUCACCUGCCGGGCAGAACAAGAUGGGCGGCAGGAGGCCGCUGCAAAAAUGACAUUUUGCGUUUCUGUUUAUCUGGGUAAGUCUGAGAAGUAG